GCGAGAGAGUGAGAAAAAGACUAUAAAAGGCAAAUGCCGGCACAACAAUGGCAGUUAUUCCAACCAAAGAAUUUGUUGAGUGAACAAUUCAAACUAAAAGAAAAUAAAACAAACAAGUAAAAUCAAAUAAACAAGCUGAAAGUAAAUACUUAAACACAAAAAAAAUAAUUUCACAAUAAAACGUAAAUAAUCUGAAAAACAAAGUUAAAAAAGGAACAAUUAAAAUGACUGAAAGUGAAAAACAAAUCCCUAUGGAGGAUCAUGAAGCACCAGUGAUUGUGGAGUGCUAUGGCAAUAUUAUCGAUGACCAAUGCCAGGAGGAGGAACCGCAACCCUCUACUUCGAAGCCAGAAGUUUCGGUAAAACAAUAUUCAAAGGCCAUGAAAAAGGCUUUAAAGGCUCAAAAAAAGUUGCAGAAAGCUGUAGAUGAUUUGGCUAAGGAAAUGCAUAAGAAGGAGCAUAAUCAUAAGGACAAAAAGAAGGGUAAGAAACAUGGAAUUCGUAAUCGUUCACUUUCGACAUCAAGUGAUACCAGUGAUGGCACCAGCAGUGGCACUAGUUCUAGCUCAAGUUCCAGUUCUGGUUCUAGUUCGAGCUCAAGUGAUAGUGAAGUGGAGUUUGAACCUCGUCGCAGUAAACAUUUGAAACAUAAACAUGGCCGUAAACAUCAUCAUGGCCACAGAGAUCGUUCACGUUCCAGAAGUUAUGAUCGUCAGCACUCCCGUGAACAUUGUAGAUGCCCAUGUAGUGAAGAAUUUCCACAUCAUGGCGGUCCUGCUCGACACGGUUGUCCUGCACAUCGUGGAGGUUUCCCUCAUCAUGGCGGAGCACCACAUCAUGGAGGUUUUCCCCAUCAUGGAGGACCUGCACAUCAUGGAGGAUUCCCUCAUCAUGGGGGAGCACCACAUCAUGGAGAUUUUCCACAUCAUGGAGGACCUCCUCAUCAUGGAGGAUUCCCUCAUCAUGGGGGACCACCACAUCAUGGAGGUUUCCUACACCAUGGAGGAUAUUCGCAUCAUCGUGGAUUCCCAUCUCAUGGCAUGUACGAAUAUGCUCAGUUUUUUCGGCCAUCCGGCCUCUGCAUGGGGCCGAAACAUCAACGCGGACACUCGAGGAGUCGUUCCCGUUCCAACUCACGCUGUAGAGUAUCAUCAGUUCCGCCAUGUUUCCUAUACGGUGGAUACAAAUCCGAAUGCAACUCAAGAUCUCGUCACUGUGGAUCUGACAAAUUGAAGAAACAUCAUGGCCAUCAUAAGCGUCAAGCCAGUCGUUCACGUUCUCGCUCCAACUCACGAGGACAUCAUGGUCAUGGCCAUCAUAAGCGUCAUGUCAGCCGUUCCCGUUCUCGUUCUCAUUCUCAUGGUAGACAUUUUGAGGAUGAGGUGAAGAAACAUGAUCAUCACAAGCGUCAUGCCAGUCGUUCGUGUUCUCGAUCUAACUCACGAGGACGACAUGGUCAUGGAAAGUUAAACAAACAUCAUGGCCAUCAUAAGCUUCAAGCUAGUCGUUCGCGUUCUCGCUCCUACUCACGAGGACCUCAUGGCCAUCAUAAGCGUCAUGUCAGCCGUUCCCGUUCUCGUUCUCACUCUCAUGGUAGAAAUUUUGAGGAUGAGAUGAAGAAACAUGAUCAUCACAAGCGUCAUGCCAGUCGUUCGUGUUCUCGAUCUAACUCACGAGGACGACAUGGCUAUGGAAAGUUAAACAAACAUCAUGGCCACCAUAAGCGUCAUGCUAGUCGCUCUUGUUCUCGUUCUCACUCUCGUGGACGUCAUUCCGAUGUUGACAUGAAGAAGCAUCACGAUCAUCAUAAUCGUCAUGCUAGUCGUUCACGUUCUCGCUCUAGCUCACGAGGACGACAUGGUCAUGGAAAGUUAAACAAACAUCAUGGCCAUCAUAAGCGUCAUGCUAGUCGCUCCCGUUCUCGUUCUCACUCUCGUGGGCGUCAUUGCCAUGGAAAGUUAAAUAAAGAUCAUGGCCAUCAUAAGCGUCAUGCCAGCCGUUCCCGUUCUCGUUCCCACUCUCAUGGUCGUCACUGCCAUGAAAAGUUAAGCAAACAUCACGGUCAUCAUAAGAGGCAUGCCAGUCGUUCCCGAUCUCGUUCACACUCUCACGGUAGACAUUCUGAGGAUCAGAUGAAAAAUCAUAAGCGUCAAGCAAGUCGUUCGCGUUCUCGCUCCAACUCAAGAGGACGUCAUGGUCAUGGAAAAUUACACAAACAUCAUGGUCAUCAUGAACGUCAAGCAAGUCGUUCCCGUUCUCGUUCUCAUUCCCGAGAUAACGACAAGUGUAAAGUCACUUCAACCAAAUGUGAAAGAAAACGCUCUCGCUCCCGUUCCCACUCUAGAGGCGGAAAACUCAAUCAUUGCCAUAAACAAAGAAAGCACCAUAAGAAAUAUGAUAAAAAAUCCUCCAGUUCCUCAUCCACCUCUAGUGAUAGCAGUUCUGAUGAGCGUCAUAUGGCUUAUUCUUGCCGCAGGACUUUACCAAAUCCUUGGAUGAGACAUUUUCAUAUUGGUUAUCCAUCGAUGAUGCUUCAUCGUAGGUUUCCCGAUUUUUCGCCUGGUUUCCAACAAAGAAUACCUUAUUUUGGAUAUUUUUAAUGAGGCCGCCAUAAGAACAAAUAUUUUGACAUUAUAAAGUUAACCGAUAUACCUACUAUAUAUUAACCAAACUAGUAUUAUUAUAAAAUAUAACCAAAAAACUAUAAAAAAAAGAA